AUGCCUUUUGAUUUGGUGCGACCGUCUACAUCAGCGUGUCCUCCAGCUCCAAUACCACCUCCAUUGCCUAUUCGAGGGGUACCUUAUUUUUUACCAUCUGCUCCACCACCACCGUUACCCGUAGGCUUUCCUCGGGUGGUACCUCAUGGAGUCCACCUACCCUUUUCCGCAUUACCAUUAAACCCGCCACCACUUUGUUCUCCAGAGCCAGUAGUACCUCCACUACCGUCAGAAAAAGGUUUGUCCCGUUGA